AUGCCCAAACCAAAAGCCUUUCUCAAAGAAACAAAAUCAAAGAAGAAAGCGACGCCGCAGCUCCCCAGAACCGCGGAUGAAUUCUUAGCUGUCGGGGUUGAACAGGAAGAAGCAGGUGAGAAAUGGCGCGCGGGAGAUGCGGCCAAGUCGCUGCGGUUUUUCAUGCGCGCUAUUAAUACCUACGAUGAGGGGUUACAAAGGCACCCUGGGGCUUUUGAUUUAGCGUAUAAUAAAGCCCGAGUCCAAUAUGAAAUCACCCAACAUCCCAGAUUAGCGACGCAGCUGUCCACGCCCCUGGUCGAGGUCCUACGGGUGGCGUUGCAUUCGCACCGGGAGGCUCUUCGUUUGGAGCAGGAUAACGCAGAUGCGCUUUUCAACACCGCCCAGGUUUUGACUAGUCUGGCGGAGGCGGUUACCGAUACCAAACGGCCCGGCGAGGAUCAGCUGAACCAGGCAGUCGGGUUUCUGCAGGAGGCCAUAGAGCUCUUCCAGCGUUGUCUGAUUCUCCAGGAGCUACGCUAUACUGAGAUGCAGGAGCAGAUCAAGCAGAUGGAAUCGGGGGAUAUGGGCCCACCGGAAGAGCCGAUGCAAGAUGCGCAGGAGCCCGCGGAAGCUGACUCAAAGGACUCCGACCAGGAACAAUGGGCUGCGGUUGUUGAGCCCGUCACGAAGGACACGCUUGUCGAUACGGCCGUCGCCCAACUGGAUGCCCUCACCACGCUUUGUAAUCUGCUCACGUAUGACCCGGGCGUCGGGUUGAAUUGGGUUGAAGAGUAUUCUUCUGAUCUUCUGCAGAAGAAAAUCUCUGCAUACGUGGAAGGCUCAAAUCGACAGUACGAGGCUUCUCUGGCCCGAGCAAAGUUUGCUUGCGCGCUGAACGAAGUGCUGUACCGAAGUGGACGAACCGAGGUUGACACAUACUACGGCACGAUAGCAAGCUCUUUUGGACCGGAUUUGGAUCUUUCUGCGGACCCCGAGGGCUUGUGCAGUAAAGCCGAUGCUCUUGUCUCAUUCAACACAGCUACCACAGAUCAACCACCGUAUCAUGACCCCGAGGCGUUCGGAAAGUCGCUAGGAUUUAGAUGGCAAGCCCUGUCGGCUGCUGUUGAUGCUUUAACCAAAGCUUCCAAGCUCCCUGAUGCGGAGAACCUCCCCAAGAUCCAUAUCGCUAGAGGCGAUGCCGAAAUGAGUCGAUGGAAACUUGGCCUGUCUCCGUGGGAGUACGGUAUGGCCCAGCAGAACGGCGUCAUACUGCUCCGUAACGCUCAGACAUACUACCGAGGCGCUGCAGCGCUGGCGCGAAGAGAUGGAAGCGCCGAAGAAGAGCGGGACGGAACAUGCAAAGAAGCGAUUGCAGCUGCCAUCGAAGGCCACAAGGAGAAACUGGCUCAACUCAAGACCACUGCGCCAAAAGAACUGAUGACGGUUGCCGAGGACAUGGUGGAGGACGGAUGGGUCACUUCUCCGGACAUGGACGCCUUAUUAUCAUAG